GAGAGGAACCGAAAGCUUUGAAGCACGCAUGCGCAGCAGCUGGAGACGAUUUCAGCCUAGGAACCCUGGAUUCUCUGCCAUAACAGGUGGGAUUGGGACCCACCUACAGAAUGUGCAAAAGGGUUGUGAAAAGAAUCACAAAAUUACUUCUGAGAGGGCUCGUCCCAGCUGGAGAAUGAACAAACAAAAGAAGGCGAUGUAUGUUGAGCAGAUGACAAGCCUUGACCAGUUUGGCCCUGAUAUCAUUGCUGAAACCGAGAGGCUGUUUGAGAAGAAAUUCUUGUACACCAAACCACCCCACAAUGAGUGGCAGCUGCCAGAUUCCAAUCAGGCUUUCACCUGCGACCACAAAGAGUUCAGCUCCCUUGUCAUCCUGAAGGACUCCAUGAAUGAAGUCAAGAACAGGCUGAGCGAUAAAAAAUUGGACCAGUGGCAUGGGCACACAUCCUUCACCAACAAAGCGGGGAAAAUCAUUGCUCAUCUCAAGAAAUCUGUCAAUGCGGAGCUGUGUACCCAGGCUUGGUGCAAGUUCCACGAGAUUCUGUGCAGCUUUCCGCUGCUCCCGAGUGACGCACUUCAGAAUGGGGAGCUCAACUCCGUUCAUCUCUGCGAAGCUCCCGGCGCUUUUAUUGCCAGCCUCAACCACUACCUCAAGUCUCACCGUAUCCCCUGUGAUUGGAAUUGGGUAGCCAAUACCCUGAACCCGUAUCACGAAGCUAACGACACCCUGAUGAUGAUCAUGGAUGACCGGCUUAUUGCGAACACGUUGCCCUGGUGGUAUUUUGGUCCCGAGAACACUGGGGAUGUCAUGACCCUGAAACAUCUCACGGGGUUGCAGCACUUCAUAAGCAACAUGGCCGCCGUUCACCUGGUCACCUCCGAUGGGAGCUUCGAUUGCCAGGGAAAUCCAGGGGAGCAGGAAACGCUGGUCUCCUCUUUGCAUUAUUGUGAAACCGUCACUGCUUUAAUGACGCUUAGCCUCGGCGGCUCCUUUGUUCUGAAGAUGUUCACUCUGUUUGAACAUUGUUCUGUGAACUUGCUGUUUCUGCUGAAUUGCUCUUUUGAAGAAGUUCACGUUUUCAAGCCGGCGACCAGUAAAGCUGGCAACUCUGAGGUUUAUGUCGUUUGCCUUCGGUAUUUGGGCAGGGAGGCCGUUCACUCACUCUUGUCCAGGAUGAUGCAGAACUUUGGGCCCCAAAUGGUCGAGAGAGCCCUUUUCCCCCAGCACUUAAUUCCGGAAUCUUUCCUUAAAGUCCACGAAGAAUGCUGCUCGUUCUUUCACAGGCACCAAACCGAGACGAUUUCUGAGAACCUCCGGCUCUUUGAGCAUAUGGGUGAGGGGGAGCAGGCCAAGCUGAACGCCUUGCGGGAUUGUGCUGUGGAGUUCUUCUUGCAGAGGUUCCAGAUGCAACCUAUUGCCCGCACGAAUUGGCUGGUGAAGAGACCUCAUGCUGGCUGCAGCAUGAACUCCAAAUGGUGCGGGCAGAGGAACAAUUAUUUUUGCACGUACAAUGAAAGAAAGAUGCUGGAGACUAUGUCGUGGGAAAAUAAAGUGGCAAAGGGCUGCCUUAACCAGUGGGCGGAAGCUCACUCUCUCGGUAACGUUGGGAAGAGCUGUGUUUUAGAAGGGGUGUUGUGUAACCUGGACUGUCACUUAUGGUACAUCUUGGAGGGGCGGAGGUUGCCAAGAGUUAAAUGCUCUCCUUUCUGUGAUGGCGAGGUCCUGAAGAGCCUCAACGAGGCCCUUGAGAAAUCUUUCAUUGGCCGGCCAAGUGGUGAUGCCCUCAUGAGACAGACGCAGCAGGAGUGCCCAUCUUGCUACGUUCUGACGGAAUCGUCGGUCCUGUCCGAGUUGUCGGACCUUAUGGAGUAUCACAAACAGGUUCAGAGUGAAGAUUGUGUUGGCCAAAGGAAAUGCGUGGCGGUAGGCUUCCCGUCCCUUUGUGACGCCGAAAGCCGAUCUGGCUUGGACGUCAGACUCAUGGAGUCGGCACCUCUCUUGAAUUUCUCCUGUUCUUUACUUCACGACGGAGAGCCGAAAUAUCAGCUGCAGCUUCUGGAGUGCCUCUUGUGUGUGUUUCCUCAGCUUCAGAAGGGAGACGCUUUGGUUUUGCCUGUUCUUUCCUGUUUUACCCGCUUCAUGGCCGGCUUAGUCUUCAUACUGCAUGGCUGCUUCCAGCGUGUCUCUUUCGCUUGCCCCAUCUCAUCUCGGCCUCUGGGCACCAGCGCUGCAUUGCUGUGUGUUGGCUACCAAGGCCUUCCAGAACCGGUUCUCCAAUACCUGCAGCAGCUGAAUAAGCUCAUGAGGACGUUGCUUGACUCGGACUCAUCACAGCAGGUCUUGCAGUUUGUGCCGAUGGAACACCUGCUACAGGGGUUUGUGCUGGAGUUUCUGUGGGACCUCAACACCGCCGUUGCGAAGAGACAAUUGCAUUGGAUUAUUCAAAUUGAGCAGCAGCAAAUAUCGUGACUCUUUAGCUCGAGUCAGUAAACAGCUGCUCCAAAUUUUCUUCCUUUCUUUUUUUAAACACUUUUUAAAAUUGUGAGACAUACCGGGCCCUUUGGUUGUCCCUCAUCCUUUAACUACUGUGCUGGUUUUAGCCUGCUUAUGUACAGCCCCUGAGCCCGUUGCAGGGAAUACACACUUUUAAGCAAGUGGUGGGCAGCGUGCGGCCACCACCACACCGCCAAACUUUGGCGGUGACAGUUUUUUUUCUAAUGACGAUGUUAGCAUUACGGAGCACUAAAAGGGUCGCAUGCUGUUUCAGAAGAACCUAAAUGUGACCUUUUUUUCCCCACACUCAAAUCGGUUUGCUACCAAAAUUCAGUGGCAAAAUACCAAUUUUCUUUCCCAGUACCUCAUGGAGUGUGCCCCACAAGGGGGUGGUUCAGGGAGGUGAAGAUAGCCCCCAGAGCCUCAGAAGUUGCCCACUCCUGCUUCAAGCUUUAACCAAAUCUUGUUCACGUGUGUCAUGGCCACCUCCACAGGUACACUCAACUGAAUAGGUGCUGCUUCUCCCCCCUCCCCCGUAGACCUGGUUCUCAUGUUAUGACAGCUGAUUGGUUAAAUAAACCAUGUGUUGUUAUGAGUGAGCUGCCUCCCGUGCUUGUAACACUUCCGCUUUUAUUCCAGAACUCAUGAGCGGCUUCCUCGUAGUUUGUGGAGCGUGAUGUCCAAUCCUGGGUUGUUUCUGGGCUAAACAACCUAGCAGUUAACCAUGUUUUGUUGUUGGAUUAACUUGCUGGGUUAUUUAGCCACUAAAUACAGGAAGCGGUUCGGGUUUGGACGUCACAGUCCACAACCUAUGAAAGAGUGGAUUGUGGAAUAAAAGGGGAAGUGGCAGGUGUGCUGCAGGUAGUGCACCUGCUGUCUCCUCCUCUUCCCCAACAGCCCAUGGUUUAUUUUAUAUGCAAACAGACAGGGCCAGUUUGCACAACACAGCUGGCUCACCAUGGGUUAUUUAACCCACGAUGAGUCGUAGCUGGUGUAGACUCCAUUUUGAAUAUACAUCCUUCAAUUGGGGGUUGUGCCAUGUCAUGCAAACCCAGCCAUUGUGGCUUAUUCGAGAGUUAAAUAAACCUUACAUAACCCUACUGCUAAUGGAGGGUGGUUUAAUUCUUGCAUAACCCAUGAUGGCUGGGUUUGCAUGACAUGGUGCAAUCCCCUAUUAAGGGUUGCAUACUCAAAAUGGUGGCAGCACAUGUCUGGUAUGCACUGUGGCGCAUCAUGGGUUAAAUAGCUCAUGAUGAGCCAGCUGUGUCAUGUGAAUCGGGUCAUAGUGUAAUUCCCCACAGCUGGGGAGUGUGUGAAUUAAGCAGCCAGUUGUGCAGAGCAAAUCAUUGGUUGGGUCUCUCCCAACCAAUCUCAUGGCAGGGUAAUUAUUUGAUCAAGACCUCUUGUACCGUUCAUAAACAUUAUACUAUAGCUGAAUAGAAAGGGGACUUUUUGGGGCAUGUCAGGAGACUGAAAGCAAGUAUUCCAUCAUCUAGAUUUCAGGUGUGUGUGCUUCAAGCACCAUUUCUUUUUAACUGAUUGCCCCUUUUCGGUGCUCUCAUCUUAAUAAUGAUAAACAUCAGAUACCUUCCAGUUGUGUAAGGUCUUUCCAUUUCUACAUUGCCUUUUUGUGCUGCUCCUUAACAGGGUCAUAUUGAGGCUAGAAUUCAAGUGAAUGUACAGAAACAAGAGCCAUUUUAAAUCGACCCACCAGCCAAGUAAAUGCGAACUGUUACUGUCAAGCAAGUGUUGGUUUUGCCUCUCGCCUCCCGCCCUUGCAAAAAAAGAUAAAUACAUUUAUUUUGUUUUUCGGUAGUUCAAAUUCAAUGUAUUUGGACUGUGGCAUAUUCUCUUGGAUACAUGCAGCUGGCCAGAAUGCAUAUUGGACACGCUCGACUGUUCACCCUUUUCUUGUUUGUUGGAGUGGACUUGGUGUGGUUGAUCAAAGAUGGAGAUUCUAUCCAAAUUCUGUGCAGCUGCUCUGGAAGGAUGUUGAGGGGCUGCUCAGGUAGCAUUAGCAAGUGAGUAACCAGUAGCUAUUGUAUAGCCAUCACUUAGCAAGAGGGGUGGAUUCAGUUACAGAAGCUGCAUACAGCUUUCUAUCUGAAACUUACCUUGUGCGCAGGUACCAAGCAGAGGUCUUAACUCACUUACCGUUCCCUUGUAGAAGCCCUAUUGAAACAGGAAGCUGUGCAGUGCAGCAAAAGUACAAUACUACAGUGAGGCUUUAGCUACACAGCUCUAGUGUGUUGCACCCCAAAUGUGUCUGUGGCCCUGAACUAACAAACUACGGCAAACUCAUGGCUGGAAAUGCUGAUUACCACCUGAAAGCUGCAAAACGGCAAGGGCCAGACACAGUUUGCACUUAUAAUUUUCUUCCCUGCCGCCCUCUCUUCUGGCCAUCACUCUCCCCUGCAGGAACUGGGGAUCCCCAGCACAGAUUUUUUACAUUGUAGGGGAAGUGGCUGAAGGAAGGCGGUUGCCGGGUGGGGUUGGGGAGGAGUUAAGCACACCUUUGCUAUUCUCCACUGCAAAUCCCACCCUCCCACCAGGAUUUUGCAGCUUUUUGACAUGGGCUAGAGCCGUCAGACCUGUGUUUGCUUCAAAACGUCUCUAGCUUUGGCCACUGUUGCACACAGAAGUGACCGCACUCUUACAGUUUGGCUGGGUUCUCACAGCACGCUAGCCCAUGCAGUGUGGAUUGUUGUUGAGCUGUGAGUUGUAGUAUAAUCUGAACACAGUGCGUUUUCCGUGGGGUUGCUUGUUAAACAUGCAGUGUGGCUUGUUAACCACUCUAAACAAGCCAACAACAAGCCCUGGGCUGUCAAGGUGGCUGGUUCAAGAAAAAUAAACCUCAAUGCAUGGUUAACAAGCCACCCUGCAGAAAAUGCUCUGUGUUCAGACAACAAGAUAACCUACCCUGCAGAAAACACAGCAUUCAGACAACACAUUAACCUACUCUAUGGAAAACAAGCUGUGUUCAGACAACACGAUAACCAAUGGUGGGUUAGCGUGUUGUGUGAACCUGUCUUUUCUGUAACUCCUGUCCUCCUGACCCUUCUCCCCCAUACCCCUAAUUUUCUUUUAACAAAUAAAAGCAGUGCAGGUAUAUUUUGAGGUAUCUGGGCAUUUCCAGAUGCAUUUAAGUUGGGUUGGCAUUUUUUUUAAGGGUUCGCUUUAUUCUCCAAAUGAUUGUCUUCUUCCUUAAUUUUGUCAAUGGAUUUCCCCCUCUGGCCUUAUUUUAAAUCCUAAGCCCUCAAAAAGCUCAUUGACAUUGUUUUGGAAUGAAUGACUUGGAGGUUUCAGCCUAAUGUUGAUAGUUUGACCUGGCUACUUUUUAUUGUAAAUAAAUUAUGGGCACCAAGAAAGUUUGGGGUGGAAGGAGGAAGUGAAAACUUUU